UCGUUUUGUUGUUUUAUGUAUUCUCGUUGAUUCUGCGACUUUUUGCGGGAACCAUGGGAAUAAAAGGACUCUCUCAGCUGAUCGCCGAUGUGGCCCCGUUUGCGGUGAAAGAGGGGGACAUAAAAACGUUUUUCGGUCGAAAGGUGGCGAUCGACGCGUCGAUGUGCCUGUACCAGUUCCUGAUUGCGGUGCGGGCCGAGGGCGCCCAGUUAACGUCGGUGGACGGCGAAACGACCUCGCAUCUGAUGGGCACUUUCUAUCGUACGAUCCGGCUGCUCGAGAACGGCAUCAAGCCGGUGUACGUGUUCGACGGGAAACCACCGGAACUGAAAUCCGGUGAACUGAACAAGCGAGCCGAGAGGCGCGAAGAAGCACAGAAAGCCCUGGACAAGGCCACUGAAGCCGGGGACGUUGAAGAUAUCGAAAAGUUUAACCGGCGACUGGUGAAGGUCACCAAACAGCACGCUAACGAAGCGAAGGAACUGCUGCGCCUGAUGGGUGUCCCGUACGUGGAAGCACCAUGUGAAGCGGAAGCUCAGUGUGCGGCCCUAGUGAAGGCUGGGAAAGUGUAUGCCACCGCGACCGAGGAUAUGGAUGCCCUCACGUUCGGUUCAACCAUCCUAUUGCGCCAUUUAACGUUUAGCGAGGCCCGCAAAAUGCCCGUCCAGGAGUUUUACUACGAAAAGGUCCUGAAGGGGUUCGAGUUGUCGCAGGAUGAGUUCAUCGAUAUGUGCAUCCUGCUGGGGUGCGAUUAUUGCGACACGAUUCGCGGGAUCGGGCCGAAAAAGGCGAUCGAGCUGAUCAACAAAUAUCGGUCCAUCGAUAAAAUCCUCGAGCACCUGGAUCGCACCAAGUACGUGGUGCCAGACGGUUGGAACUUUGAGCAAGCGAGGCGGCUGUUCAAGGAGCCUGAAGUGGCGGAAGCCGCCAAUAUUGACCUGAAGUGGAGCGAACCGGAUGAGGAGGGCCUAGUGAAGUUCCUGUGCGGUGAUCGACAGUUCAACGAGGAUCGCAUACGGGCGGGCGCUAAAAAGAUUCUUAAAACCAAAACCAGUGCUACGCAGGGACGGCUGGAUUCGUUCUUCAAAGUGCUGCCAUCAACCGGGGCCGGCACACCGGCGAAGCGGAAGCAGGAAGACAAGAAACCGCUCGUAGGGUCGGCUUCGAAGAAGGCAAAAACCGGUGGCGGUGCCACUAGAGGGCGCAAACCUAAAUAGGGGCACGAUUGUUCGGAGAGCGAAAGAC